AUGAUUUUAGAAAACUAUGCUAUAUCCGCUCGUUUUCAGAAGUGCUGGACAGAUAAAAAUCGUCCAUUAGUUGUCCAAUAUACACUUAAAAUGGAUAAGCCAAUCAUUUGUGGUGGUGCCUACAUCAAGCUUAUUCCUGAUGGUCUUGAUCAGCGCCGUUUUCCACAGGUGGUACACCAUAUUCUCUCAUGUUCGGUCCCGAUGUCUGUUUUGCCCACACAGAUUUAA